UGGUCCAAGAAAGCAGCGACACGAGCUAAGUAGUGGUACAUCAAACAGAAGUAUGGCGGCCUCCCCGUGGGCGCUCAUCCUCCUCCUGGCCGCGGCCUUCACCGCAGGGGCCGGCGCGACGACCUUCUCCAUCACUAACCGCUGCUCCUACCCGGUUUGGCCGGCGGCCAUCCCGGUGGGUGGCGGCAGACGGCUCAACAGUGGCGACACCUGGAACCUCGAGGUCCCUGGCGGCACCAGCGCCGCCAGGAUCUGGGGCCGCACGGGCUGCAACUUCAACGGCGACAGAGGGAGCUGCGCCACCGGCGACUGCGCUGGCGCUCUAUACUGUGGCUUGUCCGGCCGCCCGCCGGCGACGCUCGCCGAGUUCAGCCUCGGCUCGCAGGACUACUACGACAUCUCAGUGAUCGACGGGUAUAACGUCCCCAUGGACUUCUCCUGCAGCACCGGCGUGGCGCUCCGGUGCCGGGACGCCGGCUGCUACGAUGCGUACCAUCAGCCCAACGACGUCAGGACCAAAUCUUGCGGCGGUGGCAACAGGAGCUUCCGCGUCGUCUUCUGCCCAUGAUGAUGGACAUUACCAUGCAUGACGGGUACGAGAUGCAUCCAGGCAUGAUAUAUAUAUACACACACACAUAAGAAAUGUAAGUGUGCGACAAUCGAGCGAGACGCACAUUUUAAUAAAAUGUUGGAUAAAUGUAAGGUAAAGAAUUACUAGUACUCCCUUUGAUCCGUAUUACUUAUCGCUCUCCCUCUCGCACGACGAUAAAGCUCAAAGACAAGGUGCCCG